UGGUUCCCAUGCCGAUCGAUGAGACAGGCCAGACUCCUCUCUGCCCUCAGCCGGUUGACAGGAACGAUGCUUCACAGCAGACGCGUGCGCGCGCGGCCGGAGAUGCUCACACUUGAUGCCCCUCUCAGCCGAGAUGGUUGAGCCUUCGUGCAGGUUGCCGUGGUCCUCCCUUCAAAUUCAGUCUCGCUCACUUGUCUCCCAUCAGCUGACAUAGCGGCGGGCGGCUGUGCCUCUUCCCUCCUGUGAGCGGGGUAAAAGAGAGAGAGAGAGAGAGAGAGACUCCACUUCAGCCAAACACCGCGCAAACAGGCUGCAGGUUACAUGUGCUAGUUGAGAACAUGAGGGGGAUUUACAGAGACGGAUACUACGACGGAUCUAUUGAACUGCGGGACGUUUGCAACAGGAGAUGCGUUAAAUGGGACCAUGGGGACUUUGUUCGAGGCAAAACGAUGCGGAUUAGGACGGGAAUUGUUUUUUGGAAUCUCAUCUUUUCACUGAUGUUCACUUGUGUGAAAGGUUUCAUCCAUACUUGCGGAGGCACUUUAAAAGGCAGGAAUGGGACGAUCGAAAGCCCCGGGUUUCCAUAUGGAUAUCCGAAUGGAGCGAACUGCACCUGGGUCAUUGUUGCCGAAGAGGGCAGCAGGAUCCAUAUAGUUUUUAAAUCUUUCGCCGUGGAGGAGGAAUACGACUUUUUAUCUUUGUAUGACGGGCACCCACACCCGGCUAACUUCAGGACAAGGUUAACAGGAUUUACCAUCCCUGCGCCUGUUACCAGUUCUGGCUCCAUUUUUUCACUGAGGCUUACCAGUGACUUUGCAGUAAGCGCCCAUGGAUUUAAGGUAGCUUAUGAAGAGCUGAGAAGCAGCUCCUGUGGAAACCCAGGGGUUCCACCCAAAGGCAUACUGAAUGGAACUCAGUUCAACGUAGGUGGCAAGAUCCGUUACCGGUGCGUCACCGGCUACGUCCUGGACGGCCAUUCACUUCUCACCUGUGUGACCACUGCGGCCGGCGUGUCCGUGUGGGACUUCCCCGUGCCCAUCUGCAGAGCGGAGGAUACGUGUGGCGGCACCCUGAGGGGCUCCAGUGGGCUCAUUUCCAGCUUUGAUAUCCCCAGCAGUGAGUCUGCUGGUGGCGGGGCUGCAGGCCUGGGCACCAGUGGGGAGUGUAAGUGGACCAUCCUGGCAGAUCCAGGGGACACCAUCUCCCUAGUGUUCACUGAAUUUCAGAUGGAGGAGAAGUCUGAUUAUCUGGAAGUAGAGGGCUCCGAACCGACAACCAUCUGGAUAACCGGAAUGAAUAUUCCGGCACCAAUCAUCAGCAACAAAAACUGGCUGCGGCUGCAUUUUGUGACUGAGAGCAACCACCGGCACAAAGGCUUCAGGGCUCAGUAUCAAGUGAAUGAAGGAGGAAUCAAACAGGUGUCUAAUUACUGUCCUGACCCGGGGGAGCCGGAGAAGGGGAAACGGACCGGCUCCAACUUCAGCAUCGGAGCAACUGCUCAAUUUACCUGUGAUGAAGACCAUGUGCUCCAGGGUUCCAAAACGAUUACCUGCCAGCGCGUAGCAGAAGUAUUUGCUGCUUGGAGCGACCACAGGCCCGUCUGCAAGGUAAAAACCUGUGGGUCAAAUCUACAAGGACCCUCCGGGACUUUUACAUCCCCUAACUUCCCCAUCCAGUAUGAGAGUAACUCCCAGUGUGUGUGGAUCAUCGCAGCCAGCGAUUCAAACAAGGUUAUUCAGAUCAACUUCGAAGAGUUCGACCUAGAAAUUGGGUAUGAUUCGCUUACGAUUGGAGAUGGAGGGGAAGUCGGGGAUUCUAAAACAAUAAUACAAGUGCUGACUGGGAGCUUUGUUCCAGACCUGAUUGUCAGCAUGUCUCAUCAGAUGUGGCUUCAUCUCCAGUCUGAUGAGAGUGUGGGCUCGAUCGGCUUCAAGAUCAACUAUAAAGAAAUUGACAAAGAGAGUUGUGGUGACCCUGGUACUCCUCUGUAUGGUUACCAAGAGGGCAGUGGCUUUCUAAAUGGAAAUGUUCUGCGCUUUGAAUGCCAGUUCGGAUUCGAGCUCAUCGGCGAGAGGAUGAUAACCUGCCAGAACAACAAUCAGUGGUCGGCUAAUAUCCCAAUCUGCAUAUUCCCUUGUUUCUCCAACUUCACCGCUCCCAUGGGGACAGUGUUGUCUCCUGACUACCCGGAGGGCUACGGAAACAACCUUAACUGCGUGUGGCUCAUUAUCUCCGAGCCUGGCUCCAGAAUCCACUUGGCCUUCAAUGACUUUGACCUGGAGCCCCCCUACGACUUCCUGGCCAUCAAAGACGGGGAUCAGUCAGGAGCCACAGUACUAGGACGCUUCUCCGGGGCUGAAGUUCCUUCCCACCUGACGUCCAACAGCAAUGUGUUGCAGCUGGAGUUUCAGGCUGAUCACUCCAUGUCUGGACGAGGGUUCAACAUCACUUAUAGCACUUUCGGGCGUAAUGAGUGCCCUGACCCUGGCAUACCGCUGAAUGCCAGGCGCUUUGGGGACAGUUUCCAACUGGGUAGCUCCAUCUCAGUGGUCUGCGAGGAGGGUUUCAUCAAGACGCAGGGGGCUGACACCAUCACAUGCCAACUGGAGGAAGGCAAAGGGAUGUGGAGCGGACUCAUUCCCAAAUGUGAAGCUCCUUGUGGGGGCCACUACUCGGGGCCUUCUGGUGUCAUCCUCUCCCCGGGCUGGCCAGGCUACUACAAAGACUCCCUGAGUUGUGAGUGGGUCGUUGAGGCCGAGCCGGGAAGCUCCAUAAAGAUCAGCUUUGACAGGUUUCAAACUGAGCUCAGCUAUGACUUCCUGGAAGUACACGACGGCCCCAACCUGCUCUCUCCUCUGAUUGGCUCGUUUAAUGGAACCCAGGUCCCUCAGUUCCUGUUUAGUAGCAGCAAUUUUCUGUAUCUGCUCUUCACCACCGAUAACAGUCGAUCAAACAGUGGAUUCAAGAUAUUAUUUGAAGUGGUCACGUUGGACACGUACUCCUGCAUGGAUCCCGGUAUUCCAGUGAAUGGCUUGCGGUUAAGCCAUGUCUUGUCCAUCGGCUCCACGGUGUCCUUCCAGUGUGACCCGGGAUACAGGCUGAGCCACGACGAGCCGCUGGUUUGUGAGAAGAACCACUUCUGGAGCCACCCGCUGCCCACUUGUGAUGCGUCAUGCGGUGGAGAUAUCAGGGGACCAGGAGGGAUCAUCCUAUCACCUGGCUUUCCGGAGUUGUAUCCAAACUCUCUGAACUGCACGUGGACUGUUGAAGUCAGCCAUGGAAAAGGUGUCCAAUUCACGUUUUACUCCUUCCACCUGGAGGAUCACCAUGACUACCUUCUAAUAACAGAAAACGGAAGCUUUGCCCAGCCACUGGCUCGACUCACCGGGUCAGAGAGGCCCUCGCCAGUUAACGCCGGCCUAUAUGGGAACUUCAAGGCUCAGCUACGCUUCAUUUCUGACUUCUCUAUAUCGCUGCAGGGAUUCAACAUCUCCUUCUCGGAGUACGAUCUGGAACCCUGUCAGGACCCUGGGACUCCUCUGUUUGGCUGGCACACAGGCUCCCGGUUUGGCAUCGGCGACUCCCUGUCGUUCUACUGCAAUACAGGAUACCGCCUGCAGGGGGCGAGGGCGGUAGUGUGCUUGGGAGGUGGCCGUCACAUGUGGAGUGCCCCUCUGCCAAGGUGUGUGGCCGAGUGUGGCUCAACGGUCUCCAACAACGAGGGAGUUAUUUUGUCACCAAACUAUCCGAAGAACUACGACAACAGCCACGAGUGUGUGUACACCAUCCAGGUCCAAACAGGCAAAGGCAUCAACAUCAGCGCCAGCACCUUUCAGCUUGCACAGAGUGACAUCCUGAAGGUGUACGAUGGUAAAGAUGGUGCAGCGCUACUACUCGGCACAUACACGGGCACGUCCAUGCAGGGUCUGUCCCUUACCAGCACCUCCAACUAUCUGUGGCUUGAGUUUUACUCUGACCAGGAGGCGACAGCAGCAGGGUUCCGGCUCCUGUACCACAGCUUUGAGCUGUCACAUUGUGAUGAUCCAGGUGUGCCCCAGUUCGGCUUCAAAGUCAGCGACCAGGGUCACUUUGCCGGAAGUGCCAUCACCUUCGGCUGCGACCAAGGCUACACCCUGCACGGCCGGGGCAUCCUCAAGUGCAUGACUGGGGAUAGAAGAGCGUGGGACAACAACCUGCCGUCAUGCAUAGCGGAGUGUGGUGGGAGUUUCAAGGGUGAGUCGACAGGGCGUAUCCUCUCUCCGGGGUAUCCCUUCCCCUACGACAACAACCUACGGUGCACUUGGACAAUUGAGGUCAACUCUGGAAACAUCGUCAGUCUGCAGUUCCUUGCAUUUGACACGGAGGCGUCCCACGAUAUCUUGAAGGUGUGGGACGGGCCCCCCGAGAAGGAGAUGUCUCUGCAGGAGGUCAGCGGUUCGCUGUUGCCUGCCGGGAUCCACUCCACUCUCAACGUCGUCACCAUUCAGUUUGAGACUGACUUUUAUAUCACCAAGUCGGGCUUUGCCAUUGACUUUUCCAGUUCGCUUGCGACUGCUUGCAGAGAUCCAGGCAUUCCCAUGAACGGCAGUCGCAAUGGGGAAGGACCAGAGCCCGGUGAUUUGGUGACCUUCUCUUGUGAUCCGGGAUAUGAAUUGCAGGGGGAAAGCAGAAUCACCUGUAUCCAAGUGGAAAAUAGAUACUACUGGCAACCGAGCCCUCCAAGCUGCAUCGCGCCUUGUGGUGGAAAUGUGACUGGAUCUUCAGGAUUUAUCCUUUCUCCCAACUACCCACACCCGUACCCUCACAGCAAAGACUGCGACUGGCUCAUUGCAGUCCACUCCGACUAUGUCAUUUCCUUGGCUUUUAUCAGCUUCAGUAUCGAGCCCAACUAUGACUUCUUGUACAUCUACGAUGGCUCAGACAGCAGCACUCAUCUGAUUGGCAGUUUCCAAGACAGUAAACUUCCUGAGAAGAUUGAGAGCACUUCCAACUUCAUGUACUUGGCAUUUCGCAGCGAUGGCUCUGUGAGCUACACUGGCUUUCAUUUGGAAUACAAAGCAAAACUGCGGGAGGCGUGUUUUGAUCCAGGGAAUGUGAUGAAUGGCUCCAGAAUGGGUACAGACUACAAGCUGGGAUCUAUGGUGACAUUUCAUUGUGAGGCCGGUUACCUGCUGCAGGGCUACUCUACCCUGACCUGCGUCAUGGGCAACAGCAAGAGACCAGAGUGGGACCGAGCCAAACCAAGCUGUCAAGCUCCCUGCGGUGGUCACUUCACAGGUUCAGAGGGAACUGUGCUCUCACCAAACUACCCACAUAAUUACACCAGAGGCCAGAGCUGUGUCUACGACAUCUUCGUCCCUGGGGACUUUGUGCUGUUUGGACAGUUUGUGGUUUUCCAAACUUUGACCAGUGAUGUGGUCGAGAUCCACGACGGCUCUUCUCCAGAUUCAGCUCUUCUCUCCUCUAUAUACGGAUCACACUCAGGCGAAACACUGCCUUUGAGUUCAGGAAACAAAAUAACACUCAAAUUCACCACAAACGGAACCGAAACGGCUAAAGGAUUUCACUUUGUUUACCAAGCUGUCCCGCGGACGAGCGCCUCUCAGUGUAGCUCGGUCCCUGAGCCCCGGUUCGGGAGGCGGAUAGGGAACGACUUUGGCAUCGGCAUGGUGGUGCUGUUUGAAUGCAGUCCAGGCUACAAUCUGCACGGCUCCAACGCCAUCAGGUGUGAGGCCGUGCCCAACGCCCUGGCCCAGUGGAACGGCACUGUGCCCACAUGUGUUGUUCCCUGCGGUGGCGUGUUGACUCACCGCAGAGGCACCAUCCUCUCUCCCGGAUACCCAGAGCUGUACACAAACUAUCUCAACUGUGCCUGGAAGAUCUCUGUUCCCGAGGGAGCCGGCAUCCAAAUUCAAGUUGUGACCUUCGCCACGGAACACAACUGGGAUUCGCUGGAUUUCUUUGACGGGGUUGAUGGCAAUGCUCCAAGGCUUGGUAGCUACUCAGGUACAACAAUUCCUCAACUGCUGAACAGUACAUCCAACAACCUGUACUUAACCUUCCAGUCUGACAUCAGUGUUUCCGCCGCUGGCUUCCACCUGGAGUACACAGCAAUAGGUUUGGAUUCGUGCCCAGAGCCGCUGCCUCCCAGUAACGGCCAGAGAGUGGGCGACCGCUACACUGUGGGGGACAUGGUGUCCUUCCAGUGCGAUCAAGGCUUCUCGUUACAGGGUAAUGCAUAUAUUACCUGCAUGCCUGGCCCCGUCAGAAGGUGGAAUUACCCCGCACCUCUAUGUUUAGCUCAAUGUGGCGGCGCCAUGACAGACUUCAGCGGCGUCAUCCUCAGCCCAGGCUUCGCAGGGAACUAUCAGAGCAGCCUGGACUGCAACUGGAGAGUUCAACUCCCCAUUGGUUUUGGGAUCCAUCUGCAGUUUCUGAACUUCUCCACUGAGCCUGUUCAUGACUAUCUAGAAGUGCGCAGCGGAAACCUGGAGACGGCAACCGUGAUCGAUCGUUUCAGUGGCCCCGUUGUGCCCAACUCUCUCUUCAGCACCACCCAUGAGACCACUCUCUUCUUCCACAGCGACUACUCCCAGAACAAGCCUGGCUUCCACAUCGUCUACCAGGCAUAUGAGCUUCAGAGGUGUCCGGACCCGCGGCCUUUCAGUAGCGGCAUAGUAAUCGGUCAGGACUACAGUGUGGGGAUGACCAUUUCCUUUGAGUGCCUCCAAGGUUACACGCUGCUCGGGGAGCCGUCCCUUACAUGUCUGCAUGGAGUCAGCAGAAACUGGAACCACCCCGUACCUCGCUGCGAAGCUCUCUGCGGUGGUAAUGUAACAUCCAUGAAUGGCACGAUUUACUCUCCUGGACACCCAGCCGAGUAUCCACACUUCCAGGACUGCAUGUGGACUGUCCGAGUGCCCCCUGGCUAUGGCAUCUACAUCAACUUCUCUGUUAUCAAUACAGAGCCAAUCUAUGACUACAUCACUGUGUGGGACGGACCUGACCAGGCCGCCCCUCAAAUCGGUCAGUUCAGCGGCAACUCUGUUCAGGAAGGCGUGUCCACCACCGCCAAUCAGGUCCUCAUCAAAUUCCACAGUGACUUCAGCACCAGCGGCUUCUUCGUGCUGCAUUAUUACGCAUACCAGCUAAGAGCAUGUCAGCCACCCCCUCCGGUUGCAAACGCUACUAUCCUAACCGAUGAUGAGGAGUUUGAAAUAGGGGACAUCAUUCGGUACUCGUGCCUGCCAGGCUUCACUUUAGUGGGCAGUGAGAUUCUGACGUGUCGACUUGGAGAGAGGCUGCAGAUGGAUGGACCCCCACCAGUCUGUCAAGUCCAAUGUCCAGCACACGAGGUGCGUUUCGACUCAACGGGGGUGAUCUUGAGUCCAGGCUACCCUGAUAACUACCCCAAUCUCCAGAUGUGCUCCUGGCUGAUCAACGUGGAGAAGGGCUACAACAUGACUCUGCACUUUGAACUCUUCCAGACGGAGAAGGAGUUUGACAUCUUGGAAAUAUUUGAUGGUCCCAACAUCUACAGCCAGAGUCUGGCAUCACUUAGCGGUGACAUUGAAACGCCCUUCAGCCUGACCACCACCGGCCACCAGCUCCUGCUGCGCUGGUCCUCUGAUCACGGCACCAACCGACACGGCUUCCACAUCAGAUACGUGGCGAUGUACUGCAGCACCCCGGACUCCCCUCAACACGGCUUUGUGGUGAGCCAGACCGGGGGUCAUCUUAACAGCAUGGUGCGCUGGGCCUGCGACAGGGGCUACAAGCUGAUCGGGAAGGGUUCUGCCGUGUGCAAGAAGACCACCUAUGGCUACUAUGCAUGGGAUGCCCCGGUACCGGCGUGUCAAGCUGUGUCGUGCGGCGUGCCCAGCGCGCCAGCGAACGGAGGUGUGCUCGCCACCGAUUACUCGGUCGGCACGCGGGUGACCUACUUCUGCAACAGCGGCUACCGGCUGUCCUCCAAAGAGCUGACGACCACGGUCUGCCAGCCAGACGGCACCUGGAGCUCCUACAAUAAGAUACCCCGAUGCAUCGUCCUCACGUGCCCCAGUCUCAGCUCCUUCUCCCUGGAGCACGGCAAAUGGAGGAUCGUCAACGGUUCACACUAUGAGUACGGAACCAAAAUCAUCUUCACCUGCAACCCUGGCUAUUACCGCGCCGGCCCCGCUCGCAUCCAGUGCCUGGCUAAUGGGGUCUGGAGCUGGAGAAACGAAAGGCCUCGUUGUAGAAUCAUUUCCUGUGGGGAUGUACCUACUCCAUCUAAUGGGAAGAGAAUUGGGACCCAAACAACCUUCGGUGCAUCGGCCAUUUUCAGCUGUGACCUUGGCUAUGUUUUGACGGGAUCUACAGUGAGAGAGUGUCUCCUCUCCGGCCUGUGGAGUGGGACGGAGACUCACUGCCUGGCCGGUCACUGCGGCCUUCCGGAGCAGAUCGUGAAUGGCCAAGUGAUCGGGGAAAACUUUGGUUAUAGAGACACCGUAGUUUACCAAUGCAACCCUGGAUUCAGGCUCAUUGGCUCCUCAGUGCGGAUCUGCCAGCAGGACCACAACUGGUCCGGACAGCUCCCAGUUUGUAUCUCUAUCACGUGUGGCCAUCCCGGCAGCCCCAUCUAUGGCCGCACCACGGGCGAUGGCUUCAACUACAAUGACCUGGUGCGCUUCUCCUGCAACAAGGGCUACACCCUGGAAGGACCCUCCACCGCCCAGUGCCAGGCCGACCGCCAGUGGAGCCAGCAGCCACCGACGUGCAGAGUGGUAAACUGCACCGAUCCGGGAAUCCCUGCUAAUUCUAUCCGGGAGAGUAAGAUUGAACACGGAAUCUUUACAUUCGGCAGCGUGGUCUUCUACGACUGCAACCCGGGAUAUUACCUGUUCGGCUCCUCCGUGCUCACCUGCCAGCCGGUGGGCCACUGGGACAAACCUCUACCGGAGUGCAUUGAGGUGGACUGCGGCCACCCAGGUACGCCGCCCCACGGAGUGAUGAGCGGGGAGAUGUUUACCGUGGGCUCCACGGUGCGCUAUUCCUGCUCUGGAGACCGCCAGCUCAUAGGAGACUCAUCACUCACCUGUCAGCUGAACGGACACUGGAGCGGACCGCUGCCCCACUGCUCAGGUGACUCGGCAGACACCUGUGGGGAUCCUGGCACACCCGUCCAUGCCACCAGGGAGGCAGGGAACUUCAAAGUGCGCAGCAAGGUGCGCUUCACCUGCGCAGUGGGACAUACGUUGUACGGGUCGGCAGAGAGGAUCUGCUUCCCCAACGGGACCUGGUCGGGUCGACAGCCGUUCUGCAAACCCGUACAGUGUGGGAACCCAGCUACACCGGCUCACGGGCGUAUUUCCCGUGUGGAUGGCACCACCUUCUCCCACUCCAUCGUGUUUUCUUGUAUGGAGGGAUACUUCCUUACUGGCUCACCCACACGCCAGUGUCUGGCAAAUGGCACAUGGUCGGGAACGAAUCCCAACUGCACAAUGAUCACCUGUGGGGAGCCUGGCAUUCCAGCAAACGGACUUAGAUUUGGUGAGGAGAUCACAGUGGGGCAGAAUGUGACGUUCAUGUGUCAGCUGGGGUACGUGAUGACCGGAGCGGACAGUGCUGUCACAAGGACCUGCACCAACAAUGGCACCUGGAGUGGCACCAUGCCAGCAUGCAAAGUGGUGACGUGUCCCACACCGCGACUCGUACCCAACGGCCUCCUGGAGGGCUCGGUCCUGGAGUGGGGUACCAGCGUGAGCUAUAGCUGUCUACCUGGCUACGAACUGUCCUUCCCCGCUGUGCUCACCUGCGCAGGGAAUGGGACAUGGAGCGGAGACCUGCCUCAGUGCUUGCCCAAGUUCUGCGGAGACCCCGGUGUGCCUGCCAGAGGACGGAGAGAAGGGCGCAGUUUCAUCUUCAAGUCCGAGGUGACGUUCAGCUGCAACACCCUCUAUUUUCUGGUGGGAUCAACAACGCGCGUGUGCCAGGAAGACGGCAUGUGGAGCGGCUCUCAGCCACGCUGUAUAGAGCCCACUAGAACUACCUGUGAAAAUCCAGGGACACCUGAGCACGGCUUCAUGAAUUACACAACAGGCUUUAAGGUGGGCAGCAGAGUAGACUUCCAGUGCCAACAGGGACACCUACUGCAGGGUUCCACCACCCGCCUCUGUUUGCCGGAUCUCACCUGGACCGGCAUCCAGCCCCGCUGCAUCCCUCACUCCUGCAAGCAGCCGAGGAGCCCGGCCAACGCCGACGUCGUGGGUCUGGACCUUCCUUCCUACGGUUACACCCUGGUGUACACCUGUCAGUCAGGUUAUUUCCUCUCUGGGGGGUCGGAGCACCGAGUCUGCCGCUCUGACGGCAGCUGGACUGGCAAGGUGCCCGUGUGCAGAGUCGGUUCCAAAUCACAUGAGAAAACUGUCAAACCCGUACCGGGGACACCGAGCCCAAAGAUACAUGUUCCCGACAACGUCUUUGCCUCUGAUUUCGUGUGGAAGGGUUCCUAUGAUUACAAGGGCCAGAAACAGCCAAUGACUUUGACAGUCCGGAGCUUUAAUGCCACGACGGGAAAAGUCAAUGUUACUCUAACAGACAGCAGCAUGGAGUUUCUACUCUCUGGAGUGUACAAGCGCCAGGAGGCCCGGUUAAUGCUUCUGCUCCACCAGAUGAGAGCUCUGGCCCACAGCUCCUUGAGCAGGAUUACUGAUGAGACCUGGGCGAUGGACGGGUUUGUUUCAGCUGAGCCUGAGGGCGGCAGCUACGUGUUCCAGGGCUUCAUACAGGGUAAAGACUUUGGGCGGUUUGGACUACAAAGACUUGGUUUGAGUGUGAGAGAGAAUGUUACUCUCACUGACCCUGAAACAAAUGGCUCCACGAACAGCAGUUCUGUUGCGGUCGCUAUCCUCGUGCCUUUCUUUGCCCUCAUCUUCGCAGGCCUCGGAUUUUAUCUCUACAAACAGCGGAAAACUGAUAAAGCGCAGUACACAGGAUGUUCUGUCCACGAGAACAACAAUGGACAGGCCACUUUUGAGAAUCCCAUGUACAACACAAACACAAAAGCCGCCGAGGGAAAAGUCGUCCGCUUCGAUCCCAAUCUCAACACCAUCUGCACCAUGGUUUGAUACCCGAGUACGAGCGAAGGACAAAGGGAGAGGGAGAAUACAACUUCUCCUUGUUUGCCUAACGUGAAUAUAGAUGGGCAUAUUUCUAUUUUUCUUGUUUCGGAUCACAUACAUCAAAGGCAGAACAGCUCAGAUAUAUAAAGCACACUUUCAGCGACACUUCAGCAAUCAUAUACAAAAGGUCAAAGUUUGAAGAGGGAUGAAGUGGAGGUCCCACACCAUUGGGGAUCUUCCCAGAGUUUGGGUGAGGAGAAGUGUUCUUUACACUCUGUGAGUGUUGGCUUUAUGAUUAUAAAAAGCCUCUGGCAUAUAGAUAAAAUAGAGUAUUGUAUGCUCUGUAGUAUUAAUAAAAAGGGGUUACUUUAACAAUGCCAAAUUAAAAUUUUAAACCUUUUGCUUUUGAAGAAAAGGCCAGAGAUGCUUUUUGGUCUCACCCUUAUUCAUCCUAAUGUUCUUCUUAUGGAGGUGAGAAGCCUCUUACCUGGGAUUCAGUCAACCUAAUCUGUUGUCUAGAGAGGAAAUAAUGUGUUUAGUGUAUAGUUUGUUCAAAGUUAUAUGCUCAAUUAUACAUCUUAAUUGGAUCCAACCUCCCACUGAUGAAAUAUAUGGAAGGGGAUUUAAUUACUGAAGUGCAGUAAAAAAACAAAACGCUUUUAUUGUUACGGUGAACGCUCUCUGCCAGCAACACCGAACAUUUUCUUUAAAAGAUUUAUAGUUAACAUUUGGGUUUAUCAUCAAUAUGUGUGCUAUGAAUUUGUCUCUGACAGAAAUGUUGUUUAAAUAUGAGAGUCUAGUCAAGGCAAACUGUACCUCUCAGUAUAUCGGUAAUGUGGCCCUCAUCCAUCCCAUGUAACCUCUUCUCUUAUUUAUAUGACCUUUUACAGUCUGUGUCCCAUACAAAAUGAAUUAGGUGGGAAUUAACCAAAUCCUAGAGCCUGUAUAAGUGUAGAAUUUCAAAGUAGGAGCACCUUGAUGAGUCAUUCAAGGUUUUAUAAGAACACAGAAUAGCUACAGCACACAGAACCUAGAAGUUUAUUUAAGCUGCGAUGUCAGUAAGUCAACGUGCAAAGACAUGUCAGUGGGCAGCCUGAUGUCAGAUACAGUUUGUUCUUUAAUGUUGUGGAAAAAACAACAGCUUUUACUUUAUUCCUUUAUACCUAAUCUAAAAAGCGUUUCAAUCAUUCUUUGGGGAAACCUUGCUUUGGACCGGCAUUCUUGAUCCAUACUCCUACUGUGAGACAUGCGAUGAACAUACGGACUUGGUCUAUUUUAUUGAAACACACCGAUACAAAUGGUUGUUUCAAUGUCUUACUGAACCAUCAGCUUCUGCCAACAAAUGUACAGUAUACAUGAACAAAUUUGCACACUUGAACAUUAGCCACUGUCAGUAUUUUACUACCAUCUAAGUCCAUCAAAGUUGUACAAGUGAAGAAUGAAUUUGAGACUCAUCACAUUUCUACAUCAUUGCAGUGCCUUGAAUACUGUAUGGGCAUAUGUUUCUAAGGAAGACAUAACAUGUAUUGCAUUGAUAAAACUGUUAUAGGUGUAAUGUAUCUGCACAGUUUGCAACGAUUUAGAUGAGUGAUGUCCACCCUCAUGGUUUGUCUAAGCAGAGGUGUCUUUGAAAAGCAGCUCAUAGUUUCAUACCUGUUCAUGUAUCCGGUAUAGCGAUUGCUGCUAUAGUACUUUGUACCACUACGUUGAUUCCUGUCAUUGCUCGUACAUUUUGUACAUUUAUACAGUUUUGAUACUUGAUGGCAUUCUUUGGACAGGAUGUCUUAUGUAAUCAACAUGUAAUAUAUUUUGCAAGGUCACAUUUGAUAUUGGUGAGAGAACCUGGUGCACCUGGUAAAAACAUGAUGCGGCAGUGUGACGGACAUCACGUGACUGGAAUGCUUUUAAAUGUACAACACAAAUGUUAUCCCAUUAAAAAAACCUGUGUAUAUGAAUAUGUAAAUAUUACAAACGUUUUGUAAAGAGAUAUAUUUUUUAUGCAAAAAUAAAGCAUUUGUAAGUUAUUGAA